CGCCCCCUCCAUUACUCGACACACGCUGCGAAGCGUCGGCACAUCUCGUAAUAACACUAUACUUUACGAUCAACCAACCGCCGGCAUAUGUGUUUCAUGGCAGAGGAGAUCUGCCGCUGGAGGUGGAAAAGUCUCAGAGACACGAGAGAAGAAGAGAGAGAGCAGCGCAGUGGGAGUGCAGCUCGGUCCACUAACAAGUGGAAGUCCUCUGCGGUCCUGUCGUUCCUCGACCCAUUUAUGACUCCGCCCCCGACGCGUCUGGUGUGAACACACUUUUUUCGACGCGCGUCGAGACUGCUGCGUCAGACGCGUCCGGUGUGAACGCACCAUAAGAACUCUCUGUUCUUAUCCUCCAUUUUUCAGACCAUCGCUGUUGUACCGGCGGUGACCGCUAGAGGCCGCCGCUGGUUCUCCAGCGGACCGGAAAUGGCCAACGCUGCUCCGCAGUCGUCGUUAGCUUCCUGUCGUUAGGCAGGUUGUCAGGGCGUCUUGUCAACAGUUUAAAAUGGAGGAAGAGGAGGAGGAAGAGCCCGCGCCGGCCCGCGCGGCCCCGCUGCGCUGCAGCCGCAUGCAGCUCCAGCGCAGCAGCGUGUGCUCGCGCGCGUACUUCGUGGUGGUCAUGGUCUUCUUCCAUGUGUACAUCGUGAACGUCAUCGGCCUGCUGCUCUACGUGCACUACAACAACGGGCCCGCGGGCAGCGAGGGGGACGCCCCGCUGCCUGCCCCGGACCCGGGGGCCUCGCCACGGCCGGCGGAGGACUCUGCGCAGAGCCUCCCGCGCAUCGAGGGCAUCCGGGUGGGCCAUGUGCAGCAGGUGUCCCUCGGGCCCGACCGGGCGCUCGCCAUGAGGACGCUCAGCCUGAAGCCGCUGCUGUUCGAGAUCCCCGGCUUCCUGUCGGAGGAGGAGUGCCGCGUGGUGGUGCAGCUGGCGCAGCUCAAGGGUCUGAUGGAGAGCCGGACCACGGCGGAGUCCAGCCAGCUGUCCCUCAGCACAGAGGAGGUCUUCAGUCUGCUGGACCUGGACCAGGACGGACUGCUGCAGACCUCCGAGCUCCUGAGCCACUCGCGCUCCCGGGAUGGAACCUGGCUGAACCCCGACAACCUGCGGCAGAUUCUCUCUGGUCUGGAAGCCUGUCCAACAGGGGUGCUGACCCUGCAGGACUUCAGGCGUGUUUACGACCAGUCCCAGCGACUCGGGAAGCUGCGCAGUCGGUUCCAGCAGAGGAACACGCACACCUGGCUCCACCAGGGCCCCGGAUCCCACCGUGUGCUGCAGGCCCUCAGGAACAGGCUGACCUCUCUGACCCGCCUCCCCGCCGCGCUGGUCGAGCUGAGCGAGCCGCUGCAGGUGAUUCGCUACGAGAGCGGCGACUUCAGCGACGCCCACCACGACAGCGGCUCCUCCCACUCUCAGAGCGGCUGCGCCCACUCGGGCAACACGUCAGCUCUCAGGCAGGUGACCUGCAGGUACCUCACCAUGUUGUUCUACCUCAGCUCCGUAGAGGAGGGCGGGGACACCACCUUCCCUGUGGCCGACAACCGCACCUACGAGGAGCAGGCGCUGAUCCAGGAUGGAGCUGAUCUGACGGACACCCAGCAGACGUGUGGCCGGAGCAACCUGAGGGUCCGACCUGCAGCCGGCGCCGCGCUGCUCUGGUACAACCACCUCUCUGACGGCCGAGGCUGGAUGGGCGAGCUGGACGAGUACUCUCUGCGUGGCGACUGCCCGGUGACCCGGGGGGUCAAGUGGGCGGCCCACAGCUGGGUCAACGUGGACCCGGACCACCAGCAGCAGGCCCGCUACCAGAGACGAGUUGCUCAAGGGCACGGAUCCAGGUCGGGCAUGGAGGAGCACCGGCAACCGCUCUCUCACAGCGACCCCCACCGGGACCCCCACCAGGACCUGUAGCCGCCCGGUGUGGAGACUGGGUGGAGCAGAGCUUUAGCCGAAAGGAAGUCUCUUGUUCUCUCGUGUCCGUCGAGCUGCUUUGACCUUUGACCCACACUCGGAACGUUCUGGAGGGUUAGAUCUAGUUCCUCUAGAACUGGAGGAGGAGGUCCAUCCUUUCAGUUGAUGAAGUUCAAAUGCAUAUCAAUGACCUUCAAUACUCCUAAGACACGCCUCCUCCUGUAACGUGUUGAUCUGUGAACUUUGGGAACCUUUUGACAAUCUGUUCUUCCAGAUAUGAAAUGUUAUUUAUCAGGAGUGAUGUUCCUCUCCUCAGGUGUCACAUUUUAUUCACCACAGGUAUUUAUUUAAAAUCAUUUAUCUAUUAUAGCUGGAUGUUGCACUUCACUGUAUUUGUAUGUUUGUUCUGUUAUGAAACUAUAAAAUAAUGUUUGACUUGUGAGUGAUCUGGAAACAUGUGAUAUCAGCAGCGGCCACUAGAGGGCGGCGCAUCAAAUCAGCACUGCACGAUGUACACAUAUUUACAUGUUUCUGUAUUUAUAUAAACAUAAGGAGGGGUCCUGGUGGCACCUGUAGGGUGAGGCUUAACCCUCACCUGUAGGGUUAGGCUUAACCCCUCACCUGUAGGGUGAGGCUUAACCCCUCACCUGAAGCGUUAGGAUUAACCCCUCACCUGUAGGGUUAGGCUUAACCCCUCACCUGAAGCGUUAGGGUUAACCCCUCACCUGUAGAGUUAGGCUUAACCCCUCACCUGUAGGGUUAGGGUUAACCCCCUUAACCCUUGUGUCGCCUUCGGGUCAUUUUGACCCGAUUCAAUGUUUAAUGUCGGUGUUCUUUCGGUAGUCAACAAACAAACAUAAAGUACCUCACACUUAAACUUGGAAAACAAUAUUAAUUCUAAUAAUUUUCUGGAGAUUUUAAUAGCUGGGGUCAUAUUGACCUCAAGGGUAAAAUAUGUUAGUAAAUAUAAAGGUAACAGGAGGGUUAAACAUUGAAUCGGGUCAAAUUGACCCGAAGGCGACACAAGGGUUAAUCAGUGUUCACAUGGACAGGAGACGUCACACGUCCACCUGGAGAGACGUGAGCUGGAGGCUGGAAUGUGGGGACGUUUGAUGCAAUAAAGACCCGAUACAGA